UUAUGAUCACCAUAAAUCCCACACUAGUCGAGAAAGUUCGUUCACAUCAAACCACAAUGUCAAUCUCAAUUUCUCAGAUUAUCCUUCUCACCUUCUCUAUUCUCUUCCUCUCUUCCUCCACAACCCCACCACCAGUCGCCUCCGCACACGGCGGCGAAACACUCUCCGCCUAUGAAGUCCUCCAAUCCUACGAUUUCCCUGAAGGCCUCCUCCCAGAGGGCGUCACGGGCUACGAUCUCGACACAAGCAGUGGCAAAUUCAACGCUUAUUUGAACGGUUCGUGUAGUUUCUCUCUGGAAGGUUCGUACCAACUCAAAUACAAAUCCACCAUUAGUGGCUACAUUGCCAAAGACAGGCUUACGAGCCUCACUGGUAUCAGCGUGAAAGUUCUCUUCUUGUGGCUCAACAUUGUCGAUGUUGUUCGAAGCGGCGACGAACUCGAGUUUUCUGUUGGGAUUGCUUCGGCCAAUUUUGGGAUCGAUAAUUUUGAGAUUUGUCCGCAGUGUGGGUGUGGAUUGGAUUGCAAUAGCAACGUGCAAGUAAGAAAAUUUUGGAAAAACCCUUCUGUUUCUGCAAUUUAGGGUUUUGUUGAUUUUGGGAUUAAUUAAGAUUGGUCUUUUUUUAACUAUUCGCUAUGUAUUUUUUUUUUUUUAAAAUUUAAUUUAGAACUAACCCAUGAAAUCUAAGUUGACUGUCUGAUAUGAUGAUGAUUUUAGAUGCAUUGAUAGCUACUGGAAUCUUUGAUUUUUUUUCUUGGGUAUUUGUUGUAAUCAGCUUAGGAAAAUCCAUAACAAGGCCAUAGCAAUUUU